CUCCACAGGGCCCGGAGCACUGAGCAUCUGCCCUGCUUCUGAUACCACGCUAGGCACUGGGGCUGCAGCCACGAGCAGAGAACCGAAGAAUGCCAUCCUUGCCUUCUACCAUUGACUACUAGUUGAAUCAAGAGGACCCUCUGUAGACAGGAUACAAUCAUCAUGGUGCUGGAAUUACUGAUUCUCUUGGGGGCUGCAGUGACAUUGCAAGCAGACUUACUUCCUGAUAAAAAAUUUGUACUUCUCCCACCUGUCAAUUUCACCAUUAAAGUUACUGAUUUAGCUCAAGUUUUUUUACGUUGGGAGCCAAAUCCUGAUCAAGAACAAAGGGAAGUUAAUCUAGAAUAUCGUGUAAAAAUAAACGCCCCAGAAGAAGAUGAUUAUGAAACCAGGAGCACUCAAAGCAAAUGUGUGACCAUCUUGCACAAAGGCUUUUCAGCGAAGGUGCAGACCAUCGUGAGGAGUGAACACUCCCUCCUCACCAGCAGCUGGGCAUCUGCAGAGCUCCAAGUCCCACCAGGGUCUCCUGGAACCUCAAUUGUGAAUUUAAGUUGUACCACAAACACUGUACCUAAUAAUCAUGCAAACUUGCAGCCAUACCAAGUUUCUCUUCAGUGUACCUGGCUUGUUGGCAAAGAUGCCCCUGAGGACACGCAGUAUUUCCUUUACUACAGGUAUGGCUCUAGGACUGAAGAAUGCCAGGUAUACAGCAAAGAUGCCCUGAAAAGAAAUGUCGCAUGCUGGUUUCCAAGGACUUUCAUCAAUAGCAAAGGGCAUGAAUGGCUUGUAGUACAUGUGAACGGCUCCAGUAAGCGUGCCAUGAUCAAGCCAUUUGAUCAGCUGUUUGCUCUUCAUGCCAUCGAUCGCGUAAAUCCCCCAAUGAACCUCACAGCAGAGACUGAAGGAAACAGGCUCUCUAUCCAAUGGGAAAAACCAGUUUCUGCUUUUCCAAUUCAUUGCUUCGAUUAUGAAGUGAAGAUAAACAACACGAGGAAGAGUUAUCUUCAGACAGAAAAAAUGACAACCAAUGCAUUUGUCUCAAUAAUUGACGAUAUUUCUAAGUAUUCCAUUCAAGUGCGAGCAGCAGUGAGCUCUGUGUGCAGAGAGGCAGGGCUCUGGAGCGAGUGGAGUCAACCUAUUUAUGUAGGAAACGAUGAGCAGAAGCCCUUGAAAGAAUGGUUUCUUAUUAUGCUUCUGGCAACCAUCUGCUUCAUCUUGUUAAUUUUCUCCCUCAUCUGUAAAAUAUGUCACUUAUGGACCAAAUUGUUUCCACCAAUUCCAGCACCAAAAAGUAAUAUCAAAGAUCUCUUUGUAACCACUAACUAUGAGAAAACUGGCUCCAGUGAAACAGAAAUUGAAGUCAUAAGUUAUGUGGAAGAGCCUGAAUUUGAGAUCCUGGAAGAUUCUGUGUUUUGAUCAUCACUGUGGCAUUUUCAAGUGAACUCACACACGUGCCUCAGUGAUAAGAAGAACAGGGACUACUGAUUCUUGGCUAAAGAGGAGCUGAGUUUCCUGAACACUCAGUUUAGCUGCAAGGCAAUAUACCCAGACAUUCCGGUCUUCUGUUUCUUAAAAAUGUAGGCUGCUUCACCAGAACCUCGUCACUCAUAGUGGGGUGCGCCAUUCAUCUGAGCAGUCUACCAUGGUUUUCUUCCCAUACUGUACAGGUUGGCGCCUCCUCAUCCAGCAAUCUCUGUGAUUUGCAUGACUUACCUCAAAUGUUUUUGCACAAGAGACAGUUUUUAAGGCUAAUGUCAACUGUGCUCACUUCUGGUAGUGCCACUUGGGCUAUUUAAGCUGCCAGUGGUAACAGAAUCUCAGGAAGAAAGCAUUUUUGCACCAGCCUGGAGAGAAUCAUGAACUGGGAUUCAUGAGUGGCUUCCCUAUCGCAGGUGGGAGCUACAUAUUCAUAGUGCUUUUUUCCCCCCGAGUUGUAGAAUAAUUUUUCAAGGUAGGAGUGUGUGUGUGUUGGGGAGAGAGAGAUAAGGAGAGAGUAAGCAAGAGCAAGCAGUUUAGAAAGAUCAUUGGAUAAGAAAUUACUUAGCAAGGAGCUGAAUACCAGGCCAAAAUGACCCCAGUAACGUAGAGAGGCCUGUCUAGAAAUGCCAAAACCUGCUUAUGGGUAGGACCACUAGGCAAGGUCUUUAAGAGGUGCUGCAGUAAUUAGCAAAAUGCUUGAUCACUCAGUUGAUGCAGAAUCUCUGCAAUGGUGGAGAUUCUGUUUUAAUGAACACCUUAGGUCAGGUGUUCAGUCUUGACCAUGCAUCAGAUGCAUGCCGAGGGCCCACUAGGACACAGCAGAUUGGGCUGUCUUCAGGGUCUGAUUGAGUAGGUCUGGAAGGGCCCUGAGAAUGUGCAUUUUGAACAAGUUCCCAGGUGACACUGAUGCUGUUGGCUUGCAGACCACACUUAAAGAGCCACUGCCUUGGGCUUACUUAAAAUUAUCAAUGUUCAAAAACCAACUGUUGAAGGAAAGUGCUAGAAAAGGUCUAUCAAAGACACUGUCCUUGCUGGUGGACUUAGACCUCUCUGCCUGAUCUCUUUCAAAGUGGAGCCUAGAAAACCAGUCUUACAGACUCUGCUUCUGCUGAGACUAGAAGGAAGCCAAUCUCAUGUGUGGCCAUUUCUUCACUGAUCCGGUAUUCACCUAGGAUGCCUCCCUCGACCUCAGCAGCCAACGACCUGGGCUCUGACCUUUUCCAAGCUGGGACACCAUCUGGCCCUUGGCACAUGUGUCAGGAUCAAUCCUUAAAGGUCAUCCCUGUGGCCUCCCCAAUGACCAUGUACUGCUCCUUCCUCACUCCUCAGCUUGCAGAACUCACUCUUUGGACUCAUAUCCAACAUUACCUCCUCAAGAAAGCUUCAAAAGCAGAGUUUGUUGAUCCUUCCUCUGAAUCCUCAUUCUGGACCUCAUCCCCUUUCCUGGAGCUACUGCAUGGUAGGGUAUGCCGUGAACACUGGGGUGACUCCCUGCAAGACCGUGAGCUCCAGGAGAACGGAGCUCAUGGGAAAUGCAUCUUUUAAUCUGCAGGGUCUGAGAUAUAACCUGGCCAUUAGAAAGUAUAAAUGCUUCUUAGACCUCUUAUACCCUGUGCGUCUUAGCACAGCAUUCUGCAUAUCAUUAGAACUCAACAACAUUAGGCAGAGAUCAAGACUGCAGUAACACUAUGGAGAGGAAGACAGGUGCUUGGGGAGGAGACUGGAAGUAACCAAGAGACACUGCUAUGGCCUGGAACUCUUAGAGACAAUGUAGCUUAGUUGUUUCACAUAAAAUUGCUGAAUUAAAGGGAUCCAGCUUCAGAACGGGUUCAUUUUGAGUGGUCUGUACUCUACUC